CAUGCGAUCGGGUGGGACUCCUAUCACGUAGCUUCAGACACUCCUCCCGCAGCAACAGAACGGAUAGAACCGUGCCCGUGCUGUCUGCGGAGAAUAAUUUCGGAGUAAAGUCAGAAUGCAGACAACAACGUGAGAGGACAAGGAGUCGAAGGAUAUAUAUAUAGCCAGAGGUCGCCCUUUGUGUCCAAACGAAACGGCAGUGUCUGGAGAGACAGGGAGAGAUCGCUACUUUUCAAGUCUGAUGAUCUCCCAAUGUCGAUUUUGUGUUUACACUCGAGGCUGCAAACGCCACGUUUUAGCACGUUGCAAACUUCAUUGCAUGUGCGGUGCGGCCCUUGCUAACUAAUAGACCUUUCAGCGGAUUCUUUUUACAUGUAUUGUUUUUUUUUUCACAAUAUCUUUAAGUAAACUCAGGUAAUGGCUCAGAUAUCAAAUAAACAAAUAGUGCAACUGUCUUGUGGGCAGCACGGGUGUUUAUCCUUUAUUUUUCAACAACACGAGGGACGCGUCGUCCGGGCGCAUUUUCUGCAAUAACUUUUGCCCCAAACAAAAGAUUUUGACGGCAAAUUGAGAAUGGGGCGUGAAUGUCAGCGACUCAGCAACCAGCCACGCGUUGUUUUGUUGAAUGUUUGAUUUUUGCAUUGUUAUUCAUUGUUGAAUGUAUUCGCGGUUGAAGUAUUGGAAAGCCACAGUAACGUCUCGAACGUUUUAUUCACAUCUACAGCUGAAUACAGAUGGAAGGUCAGGAUGACAAAGGGAAUAAUCUGUCGAAGCCAGAUAAGAGGUUUUCGCUCUGGUACAUGGGGUGGUCUUCCCUUGACAGAAGGACUACGCUUCCUAUGCUACCAUGGCUGGUGGCUGAAAUCCGGAGGAAAAGUGAGAAGAACGAAUCGGGUCCCGGACAAGCCAGAGAAGUUAUUUUGACUCUCAUGCCACCUCUUAUCCGAUGUGUGCCUGCAAACAGCAACAACGCCUCUGUGUUUAUAUUCGAGCACAAAGCGCAGUAUAUAUCACGGUUCAUCCACAACAGCCAUGACCUCACCUACUUUGCUUACCUUAUCCGGAGUCAGCCCGACAACCCCGAGUCUGAGAUGGCAUGCCAUGUCUUCAAGGCUUGUGACCCAAACCAGGUUCCUGGGGUGAUCAGCAGCAUCAGGCAGGUGUCUAAGGUGGCCUUGAAAGGGGACACCAAGCCCAAACAAGAUGGCUACGACGAGUCCUUCUACAACUCACAGAAAUUUGAGGUGCUUUACCGCGGCAAGGUCAUGGUGGCGCAGAAAAAGGCGCCCCCCACGCUGGUGGACGACUGCAUCGACAAGUUCCGCCAGCACGAGGUGGACCGCAAGCGACUGCGUCUGCUCAACGGCCAGCGCGGCUCCACAGAGAACGCCCCCGUGGAGUUCAUCGUCGGGGGCGACGACCCCCAGGCCGCCUCCUUAAGCGAGAGCCCGGAGGCCGACUGCGUGGUGGAGGAGGAGGAGGCGCAGGAGGAGGAGGUGGUGGUCAGUGACCCCCUGGGCGGGGGUGCAGUUUUUGGGCUGAGCAGCAGCGCUAGCGUGGGCAGCAUGCGCAACGCCUUCCCCGAGUGCAUCCUGGAGGACUCCGGCUUUGGGGAGCAGGAGGGCCCCAGGGAGGUGCGUGUGCGCUGCAACAGCAUGGCGGGGAGCCUGCAGAGGAAGUCCCGUGAAGCGGCCAUGAAGGCGGCCACGGGGCGCCGGCGCCACGCUAGCGCGCCCAAUCACGUGCAGCCGUCCGACGCCGACAAGAACCGCACCAUGCUCUUCCAGGUCGGCCGCUUUGAGGUAAACCUCAUCAGUCCAGACAGCAAGACGGUUGUGCUGGAGAAGAACUUCAAAGACAUUUCCUCUUGCUCUCAGGGUAUCAAACAGAACGAUCAUUUUGGCCUCAUCUGUCGCGAGCAAGGGGAGUCUGGUCCCAGCCAGUACUUGUGCUACGUCUUCCAGUGCGCCAGCGACUCUCUGGUGGAUGAGGUGAUGUUGACGGUGAAACAGGCCUUCAGUACAGCGGCCGCUCUGCGGAAUGAUAAGACGCAGGUCAAACUUUGCGAGGCCUGCCCCAUGCACGACCUGCACAAGCUCUGCGAGAGGAUAGAGGGUCUGUACCCACCGCGGGCGAAGCUGGCCAUCCAGAAGUAUCUCUCCGAGCUCUUGGAUAAUGAGCAGGUGGACAUUUUUGAGCGCGUUCAGAGGAUGAAGCCGGGUUCAGAUCAGGAGGAGAAUGAGCUGGUGAUUCUGCAUCUGAGACAGCUGUGUGAGAACAAGCAGAAAUCCCAUGUCCACAUUGGAGAGGCCCCUCAGAAUGCGCCAAGCAGCAGUGCAGCCGCAGACAGCUCCUCCAUGGGCCGCUCCAAACUGGACCUCCUGAAGAACAAGGCCCGCACCUCCCUGACCAGCUCCCUGGAGAACAUCUUCUCCCGGGGGGCCAACCGCAUGCGUGGCCGGCUGGGGAGCAUGGGCAACAUGAGCAGCUUCGAGCGGCAGGACGAGUCUCCCGGACACUCCCCUCCAGGAACGCCGCCUAGUUACCUUGACGACGACCCUGAGGCUCCACCCUUCCGUCGCCGUGCCCACACUUUUAGCCACCCUCCCGUCAAGAAGAAGAUCUCCUUCACCGACUCCCAGGCCCCCAAGGCUCCUCUCCGCCGGCAGCAGUCCUUAGCCCCGGAGCUCCUCCAGAGCAGCCCGGUGUUCAUCCCCAGAAAGCGCAGUGUGUCAGAGAGCGAGUCCACCUUCAGCCUCCCUCCUUCCUUCUCCACUCCCAGUUUCCUGAAAAGUUUUUACCAGGGCUCGUUGGGCUCUCUCGGGUCCUUCUCCGACCUCGGGACCCUCAAGAGUAAUGGAGAGGGCCGGAAGAGGACCCUGUCAGGCUGCAGCAAUGACUCCCUGAUUACGCUCACACACACCCCGCGCAGAGUGUCCUGGCGUCAAAAGAUCUUCCUGAGUGUGGCUUCGCCCCUCAACAAACCCCAGGGCUCCAUUCACGGCCCAGAUAUGGACGCCCGGGACCUGCUUCCUCUGUCCCCCCGUGCCUUACAGCAGGACCCCCUGUCCCGCAUGCUGUCCCCAGACCAGGAGCCCUCCACAGGGGAGAGCGGGAGCCGAAGCCCAGCUGAGUACAGGUCCCUGUGGAGGAAAGCCAUCCACCAGCAGAUCCUGCUGCUACGGAUGGAGAAGGAGAACCAGCGCCUGGAGGCCAGCAGAGAUGAGCUGCACAUUCGCAAGAUGAAACUGGACUACCAGGAAGUGGGCCAAGACUCCAAGGACAUCCAGGCCUUCUGGGAGAAGAAGAUGAGCGUCCCCUGCAGGGCCAAGGUCCAGUGGGACAAGGAGGAGCUCCAGACGUUCCUCAGCCAGGGCGUCCCUAAGAGCCGCCGUGGUGAGGUGUGGCUGGCCCUGUGCCAGCAGCACCGCCUGAAACAACGCCUCCCGUCCCGCCAGCAGCCCCCGGACACGCCCUACCAGGACCUGCUCAAGCAGCUCACCACCCAGCAGCACGCCAUCCUCGUCGACCUGGGCCGGACCUUCCCUACGCACUCAUACUUCAGCACGCAGUUGGGUGCAGGCCAGCUGUCCCUGUACAACCUGCUGAAGGCCUACUCCCUGCUGGACACGGAGGUGGGCUACUGCCAGGGCAUCAGCUUCGUGGCCGGGGUGCUACUGCUGCACAUGAGCGAGGAGCAGGCCUUCGACAUGCUCAAGUUCCUCAUGUACGACCUGGGCUUCCGUCGACAGUACCGUCCCGACAUGAUCUCACUGCAGAUUCAGAUGUACCAGUUGUCGCGGCUGCUGCAUGACUACCACCGGGAACUCUACAACCACCUGGAGGAGCAGGAGAUCUGCCCCAGCCUGUACGCCGCGCCCUGGUUCCUCACGCUCUUCGCCUCCCAGUUCCCCCUCGGCUUCGUCGCCCGUAUCCUCGACCUGCUGUUUGUGCAGGGUACAGAGGUGAUCUUUAAGGUGGCUCUGUGUCUGCUGAGCAGUCACGAGGGGGAGAUCGUGGAGUGCGAUAGCUUCGAGACCAUCGUGGACUACCUGAAGACCAGCCUGCCCUCCCUCAGCCAGGCCCAGAUGGAGCACACCAUCUCCAAAAUAUCUGAGAUGGACAUCUCUAAGCAGCUGCAUGCGUAUGAGGUGGAGUACCACGUCCUGCAGGAUGAGAUGGUGGACGCCCCCACACCCUCAGAGGACUCUGACCGGCUGGACAAGCUGGAAAAGUCCAAUGUCCAGCUCAAGAAACAGAACAUGGACCUGCUAGAGAAACUCCAGGCGGCGCGGGUGAAGAUCCAGAGCCUGGAAGUGAACAUGGAGAACUUUCUGUCCCGCGAGAGCAAGAUGAAGCACCUGAUUCGCUCGCUGGAGCAGGAGAAGGCGUCCCACCAGAAGACCAUCGAGCGCAUGCGCAGCAGCCUGCCCGCCGACGCCACCGCCGACGUGGAGCUGACCCACAUCAAGCCCAACGGCAAAGCCAAGGCCCCAGGCAAGAAGCCGUGAGGGGGGACGGAGAGCCACCAAGCCAGGAGGAGCGUGUGUGUUUGUGCGGGCAUGGUGGUGGUGGUGGUGGUCGGGAGAGAGAGGGAGAGAGAGGGAGGGAGGGAGUGAGGGGGGAAAGAGAGAUUGAGGGAGUGGGGGGGGGGUGAGCUGGAACCGAGUGGGUUUGAUUGGUUGUGUGGGAGGUUUGGCAGGUUCUCUGGUGCUGUCUCCCCUGUCACAGAGCUCUCGAGCUCCACUCCUCUAUCUCUUUCCAUCCAUCCAUCUCUCUCUCUCUGUCUUUCUCACUCCAUCUCUCUCUCUCUCUCUCUCUCUCACACACACACACUCCUCUCUCUGUCUUUCUCUCUCCCUCCUUCCCUAUCUCUCCAUGCUUUUGGCUUUUGCACUGUCUAUUUUUCUCUUCCUCACUUGUUCGUUCUCUCUCCCCCCUUGACUGGAUGAGUUGAGGUGUGUGGAUGGCGGAGGUGAAGGUGUUGGAAGACACUUACUCAGUGUGGAGGUGUUGUCUCCAUCUCUUUCUCUCAUUCCUCUCUUCUGAUCCUCAGAGAAAUUCUCUCUCUCCUUCUUGGGCCGUCUUCUUCCUCCUCCUCCAGAGCCUCUUCACCUGCCACACACACACAGCUCCUCUUCCUCUUCCUCCGUUUCUCAUUUCUUAGUUGACAUUGGAGCUGGGCAUCCAUUGCCUCCAGCUGAAAGGACAGAUCUCACUUUAUUCAAAAAUACUUGAAAAUGAUGUGAAUGUUUUAUUUUUUUUUCCUUUUCCCAAAGAUGGACAGUGAUCGAUUUUUAUUUUUUAUUUUUAUUUUUUUAGACUGUCAGACAGUACAAAAAAAACUCUUCUGAGGGAGGAGUGGGUUUAGAGGGGAAUCACUGAAGCCUUUUGCUCUCUCUCUGAAUGCUGCACAGCCCAGCUUCUUGUGACUGAAGGUUGUGAUGAGGGGGACAUGAGUUACAUUGCAUUCAUUGAGGAAGGAAGAGAGAGAAAGAGAGGACCACAGGACCUACCUACCACCAUGUUGGCUCUCAGGCAAAGAGCUCCACGUGACAUUCGGUGCCGGAUGCGACUGUGGGCUUCGACUCUUGGCUUCCUGUGGGCUUGACGUAUGUGUUUUAGUGGAGCAUCUUGUGGCGCUCCCAAAGCAGAAAAAAACAUAAACUCCGAGCUAUUAGGCCAGCGCAAUCAUACAAGUAUGAUGACUGGAUAUCGUACUCAUGUCACUGAAAAAGGCAAUACACUGUUACGCUGUCUUCACACUGUAUAACGUGUGCAUGCUACAGUGUAUGCAGUUGAUUUUUUUUGUGUGUGUGUGUGUGUGUGUGUGUGUGUGUG